UUUCUGUUUCCCAACGGUCAUAUUAGCUUGUAACACUGCACACGUUGACGUUUGUUUUGUUUUUUAGUGUCGGUAACAUUUGAAUUCACUGUCAUUCAUCGUUUGAAAUGGAGAUUUUCGGUAGCACCUUUGACGAUUCGGUGUUCGAGGAAUCAAGAGCGAAGCCAACUGUUGUUGCACUGUCGUCUUACAAUGCAAAGUUCUGUGAAGCAGAGUGGUUUUGGGAGAGCAUCGACACAGAUGAUAUUUUAGAGAAACAAAAGAUCUUUAAAUUUCGAGCUGAUAUGUCGUACAGGCGAAAAAACUUCCAGGAAGCUUUAAACGCCUACACUACCUGCCUCUCCUAUAUCCCUGACGGCAACCUGGCCAUUAGACGGGACAUAAUGGAGGGAAUGGCACGGUGCUGUUGUCACCUGGGGAAGAGAGUGGAGGCCCUGGAGAUCACAGAAACACUUAAAAAUGAAGCCUCCAACACCUGUCACCUCACCGGUCUACUUCACCUGACUGCGAACGUCCACGAGCGCUUCGGAGACCUCAGGAGCCAGAUCACGUGUCUGCAGCAGCUGUGUUCUCUCCACCCCUACCACCAGUGGCACUGGAUGAAGCUGGCAGAAAGCUACCUUCAUCUCCUCCAGCCUCUGUCAACACCCUCAGGCUCCAGUCCUCUUCAACAGGGAGAUGGUGUAGAGCCACAGCCUGACUCUCAGACUGAGGUGCAACUGAAGGAAGAGCGUGACGGCGUUUGGCUCAAGGCCUGCAUGUGUUUUGUCCGGGCCAGACUCCUCCUCAGGGCAUUAAAGGGACAACAGUCAUCCUUUGUUCUCCAGAACAGUGAGAGAGCCCUACAGAAGGCUGAUGAGGCUCUGCGGUGUCUGGAACCGAAAGACACCACACUACAGCUAGUCUCUGAGGUGAUGUCAGAAGAUCUAGUUCCAGAGAGGAUGAGAGAGGACAACCAGGAUGGAGAGAGCUUGGCAGGUCUCUCUCUGAAGGACUUUGAAGACAGGUGGUGGAACAGACUGGUACAGACAGGAGUACUGAAGGAGGAUGGAGCUGAACGACCUUCUGUAAAGACCUAACUGGGCUACACGUUUUGAUGAAUGUAUUCUUUAAUAUUGCGUGUAACAAUGUGCUGACCGCCAUAUGAAAUGAAAUAUUGUCACACUUCAAUCUACAGUAAAGUUUAAUUAGAUAA